GUAAAUUCCAAAUAAGAAAAAUGUGAGAGGAAAAAAUGGGAAAUUAAAAAUUGAGCUUCCGUCCACUCUCCUCCUCUCGAAACCCCUCGAACUCUCAUCUCCGCCGCGGCGGCCGGAGAUAACGCCGCCAAGCUAUCUCUAGUCCUAGGUGCCUAUCAAUCUCUCCUAGGAGGCCUCUACAACAAGAAUCCAAUGGCGCGCCCGCCAUACGAGUACGGUCCCUUUUACCUUCAACCUGACCAAGACCGCAACUUGAUCAACACGCUCUUCGUUUCGGGGCUCCCGGACGACGUCAAGGCGCGUGAGAUACACAACCUCUUUCGGCGACGCGCCGGCUUCGACUCUUGCCAGCUUAAGUACACUGGCCGAGGCAACCAGGUUGUUGCAUUUGCAACUUUUCUCAAUCAUCAGUCUGCAAUUGCAGCAAUGCAUGCAUUAAAUGGUGUAAAGUUUGAUCCUCAAGCAGGAUCUGUUCUGCAUAUUGAACUAGCUAGAUCAAAUUCCAGGAGAAAAAGGAAACCAGAUAGUGGUCCUUAUGUUGUUAUUGAUAAAAGAACCAAGGCAUCAGCCAAUACUCAAGAAACAUCAAGUGAUGAUGGAGGCAGUGACACUGAAGAACCAUCUGGGACUGACAAUGCUAAUUCUUCAAGCAAGGGUGAUUUGAGAACUGUAAAGAGUGAGACAAUAGUGGAUCCAGAAAAUGCUGUAGCAGCAGUAAAUGAGCAGUUGGAAAGGAAUGUUGAUGAAGGUGCUCAACCAUGCUCUACUUUGUUUAUAGCAAAUCUAGGUCCAAAUUGCACUGAAGAUGAACUGAAGCAAGUUCUAUCUCGGUAUCCUGGAUUCAAUAUGCUCAAGAUUCGGGCUAAAGGUGGAAUGCCAGUUGCUUUUGCUGAUUUUGAGCAAAUAGAACAAGCCACAACAGUGAUUGUGGAUCUUCAGAGCAGCCUGUUACCCUCAUCAGACAGAGGCGGCAUGCACAUAGAAUACGCAAGGUCCAAGAUGAGGAAGCCCUAGGAAGAAGGGAAUGAGCUGGCAAUUUUCAAGAUUGUCCUGCUGGCCAUUAUUCCAGUUGUAUUGUAAAAAGGCAUUGCCUCAUGUCCGUUUCUAAAGGAUGAGUUCAAUUUUCCAACUUUGUAAAGGUGACAGGACUUCUUAUUUAUGGCUAACUUAUUAAUAUUAUUACCUCUUUUAUUUUGCUUUUCUCA